AUGGAUCUUCUCGCUGCAAGAGAUGCAGUCGGCAGUGAAAUGGCCUUUGGUUGGAUGGUGGUUUUGCUGUUGGUGAGCGACAGCGUUGUACCAGGAAACUCGCAAAACUACACUGUGUCACAAAGAUGUAUGAAGGAUAUCAACACGUUCCUUUGGGACUUAAACCAGGACAAGCCAAAGGAAUAUGCUGCUCUCAUGUAUGAUUCCUUUGGAAAGAUGGGCAGCAAUGUUAAAGAAGGUAAUGUGAACCAGCCUGGUUCUCUGCAGCAGUGUCGCUCUGCCAUCGGCCCCGGCUUCUCAGCGCAGUACUGCCAGGUGUUCCUGAAGCAGGGAGCCAUCCAGUAUUUUGUGGGAGUUUGUGUUCCCGACUCCUGCAGCAAAGAAGACGUGAAACGACUGGUGCUGUGUGACAGACUUCAGUUUAACCAGAGGUCCCUCCUUAGUCCAUUACCUCCCAUUCUGACCAAUCAGUCUUCUCAGGAGAUGAUCAUGACUCACUGUUUGGCCGACGCAGUCGCUACUGAUGCAUCAGACAUUGCCUGCAUGUGUGUGUGUUGUGUAAUGUUAGCCAUUCCUCUUGCGGCUACCCUUUACACAGCCUUUAGAAGGUCAGAGCAGAGCAACACCGUCGGUCCCACAACAGAGUUUUCCCAGUUGAACUUUUACGGCACCCUGAACAGCAAUGGCUUGUCCGGCAAUGAAAAAAAUGGCGGAACACUGGAGGAAAAUGGCACGGCCAGCCCUGCUGGACAGUGUUUAUCUCGAAGCUGUCUUUCCAGCUACUUUCGAGGGUUCUCCUUGCAAACAACAUGUAAGGGGGUCUUCAGCACCUCCACCUCUGUCCAGUGUGAAAACUACGCCUCUCUGAAUGGCAUACGGGUUCUCAGUUUGUUGUGGAUCAUAUCCGGCCACUCUGCACAGUUCCCAGUAAUUACCAACCUGGAUAACUACAAAUCAUGGAGGAAAGCGGUUGAAAGUAGCCCGAUAUAUGUGCUCACCAUCAGCGGGCCUGUUUUUCUGGCUGUUGAUACCUUCUUAUUGCUAGGGGGUUUGCUCAGUGCCACGUCUUUGCUGAGCUCCAUCGACAAGGCAGAAGACAAUCGGAUUCUCGGUUUGGUUGCAAACUAUCUCCUCAAGAGAAUUAAAAGAAUUCAGCCUCUGCAUCUGUUUACAAUGUGCCUCACUAUCAGCCUCAUCUCUUUGGUCCGGUGGGGACCCUACUGGUUCCCAUUUGUAGAAACGUUGAUGGAUUGUAAAGCGUACUGGUGGGCCAACUUACUGCUGAUUAGCAACCUCCUACCAGUCCACGAGAUUUGUAUUCCCUGGACUUGGUACUUGUCUCUUGACUUCCAGUGUUAUGCCACUACCCCUCUGUUGGUCUACAUUUACAGACUUAAAAGAAGUGUGUUUGCCGUCGUGGUAGGAGGUCUUUUGGUGAUUACUACUGUGGCCAGUGCUGCUAUUACUGCACAUCUGCACCUUCCAGUCUUUCAGCCAUCUAAAAUAACAUCAGACAACUAUGUUUUGUAUUAUUAUAUGAAACCCUACACGAGAUAUGGACCCUUUCUCAUAGGCAUCCUAACAGGAAUAUACCUGGCAACAAAGAAACAUCAACUGUUAAAGGAAAAGUGGCAAGCAGCACUUGGUUGGUUCUGCUGUCUCUCCAUGAUGGUUUUGCUCAUCGGACUGGCCUACCUGCUGAAAGAAACUCCAGCCCACCCAUCUGUGGCCCAUGCUCUGUAUCAGGGGCUGCACAGACCCGUGUGGGCCCUGACUGUGAGUUGGAUCAUACUGGCCUGUGAAGAGGGCUAUGGAGGUUUUAUCAAGACAUUCUUGUCCUUUGGUUUCUGGGUUCCUCUUUCCAACAUCAGCUUCGCCUGCUAUCUGACACACCCCAUCUUCAUCAUCCUCUACAAUGGCUUGCAAGAAACGCCAAUCCACUACACAGACAUGAACUUUAUGUACCUGUUCCUCGGCCAUCUGGUGCUGACUCUGGUGGUCAGCUGUGCUCUCACAGUGCUGGUUGAGAAGCCCUACCGCUUCCUGAAGCACAGAAGCGUCUAGAAAAAAGUGUCACGUGUAAUACAGCACUCAUCACGUAUCUAUUGCCAUUGAUUUGUAAAAAACAUUUAAUAAAUUCAUGUUUUCUUGCAGUUA